AUGCAAUCCAAGAAAACUCUACAAAGCAAAACCCACUUCAGGACCAUUGCCCCAAAAGUUGCACCAAAGGUUGUUUCCACCUGUCCUCCCUCUUUCUCGCCCUCUGUGGGAGACAUCACUGCCUCUAAUGCAAAACCCUUGAUUAUGCAAACUCAAAACUAUGCUUUAAUGAAAGUCACUGGCCAAGAUGGCACUUUUUCUUUAGUAGCUUUACCGCAAGUCUCUCCAUCAAUGGGAGGACAAGUCAUUCAAACUACUGGCAUACCUUUGCAGGAAAAUCUUAAAUUGCCCAUUCCAAGGUACCAGCCUAAUCGAGAGAAGAAAUCAUUGUACAAAAAGUCAAGGGUACUAAACAAAAAUUUAGAAAAAUCUGCAGUAGGUAAAAUUGAAGACAAUAAGGAGAGCAUUAUGAAACCAGACCCCAAAGUAGAGGCUUCAGCACCAAAACUUGCUUCUGUGACCACAGCUGAAGAAGCUGUCUCUGAAAGCAGCGUGUUUCCAAGUGGUGGAGCACAAGUUGCUAAUGUAACAAAUUCAGAGCUGCCAUGCAUUGAUAAAGCAGACCCUUCAAUGUUACCUGCAACUAGUCCUGCAAAGCUCAGUACUGCCCUUGAAAAGAAAGCUGUCCUUGGAGACAGUAGGACUCCAGUGAAAUGUAAAAAUGUCAUAGUGACUGAUUCAACCACUCCUGCAGCAGUUCUAUCUCCUGUGGUUUUUGGCAGUCCAGUUCAUCUCCUGUCAUCUGUGCCGAGGGGAAAACUGCCCAUCUUGCCUUACUCAAAAAUCAAGAAAUCAAUUAUUUCUAAUUGUAAACAGCCAGCGGGCCCUUCCAAGUCACCACAGCCAAAUGUAGUGCAGAGUGGAAUGCAGGCAUCUGCAAGUGAUGUCAAGGCUUCUCCAUCAGUCAGUAUAUCACAAGUCUCCACAAUGGGUGGUCCAUACAAACCAGGCCCCAAAUUUGGUGGUGAUUUAAACCAACAGAAUGGUGUGCCAAGUAAGAAAAGAGGGAAAAAACGAAAAGCUUCAGGUGAGAUUUUGUGGUACCAGACUAAAAUGAGACUGGUUGGAAACAAGCUAAUUAUGUGCAAGGAAAGGGUCAAAUCACAGGCUGCUGAGGCCAAUGAUAAAAAGACUGCAAUAGUGAAGAAAUACAGGAGCAUCAUGCCAAAGCCCUUUGUUGACAUUCAGGGCUUGGCAUCACUUAGCAGCUCUUCCUCUCUACUACUAUCUCAAGUGGGAGAAUCUGCCCUUAGAAAUCGGAUGGUAGGUGUUAGAACACAUAGGUGGAAGCAGAGUGAUACUUUUACAGUUGCUGGCAACGACCGUAAAAUAAUUUCCUUGUCUGCGAAACCACUCUAUAAAUGUCACAUCUGUGAUCAUAGCUUUCAGUUUAAGCACCAUCUGCAAGACCACCUAAACAGCCACAGCAACAAGAGACCCUACCACUGCCGAUUAUGUCGCAAGGCCUAUGUGCAUUCAGGCAGCCUGAGCACACAUAUGAAGCUUCACCACAGUGACAACCGCCUAAAAAAACUGAUGUGCUGCGAGUUUUGUGCCAAGGUGUUCGGACACAUCCGUGUAUAUUUUGGUCAUCUCAAAGAAGUACACCGUGUUAUCAUUAGCACAGAGUCAUCAGCCAAACAAAUGGAGAGGAAAAGUCAAACCCACAAGAAUGCAGCAAAUAUAUUUGACGGGGACAGGACUCCGAAUGAAGAUUAUGCUCUUCAUGGACAAACUGAUGAGAUCCAGCUACAGAUAAAAUGUGGACGUUGUCAUUUCAUCACGCCUACAUUUUCAGACAUGAAAAUCCAUAUGUUUUGUGCACACGGAGAUGAAUUUAAACAGAUAUUACAGGAUGGCGUCCUAGAGAACAGACAAGGUGCUCAGGAGGAGGUGGUCAAGCAUGCAACUCACCACUGGAAGUUGUUGAGUGAGAGGCGGAAUGUGGUCAAGUGCUGUAAAUGUGAUGAGGAAAUUUUUGGCUCCAGCAAACUGAGGAAACAUGUAUGUGUUUCAGACUCUACUCUUGGUGAAUGUAAGGAAACUGAGAUCCCUCCAUCAGUGGAAGGACAGAAUGAAGACCUUCCAUCUGGAUCUCGUACUGAAAUUAAAUUCAACUGUGGAAAUGUUUUUAACUGCCUGUUGUGUAAACAAGUAUUUGAAAUUCAAAAUAAGCUCUUUGAACAUUGGAAGACAAAGCACAACUGUGAUGAUCCCUUUUUACUUUGGACAAUUUUUAGUUCUUUUGCCAAAAAUGAUUCAAAAUAG